AUGAAAAGUAGCAGUACUACAACAAUUGAACGGGAUUAUAUGAUGAAGUAUAGAAAUUCGGGAGAUGGUAAUAAUAGUUCGCAGCUUCUUACGAGCGCGAAAACAAUAGGGCAGUUAAAACUGGAUUCUGAAACAAAUGCGAUGAUUAAACUUCGUUACAAGGAUAUUUCAAAAUAUGUCAUUUGGCCAGACUGUACAUUACCUGAAGAAUAUAAUCAGAGUUGUUUGACUUUGACUUCCAAUUUUGCCAAGGAGACUACCAUUCGGUACAGUCAUGCGGGUAAUCAUCAAGCAUCACUUUUAGGAUUGAGAAAUAGUGAAGCGAUGGAUAAGCGUUUUACUGUUAUACCAUUUGGUUCUCCAAAAACAUUUCCAAGAACAAAGCAUCACAAAUCGCAGCCGUACUGCAUCUUAUAUCCAGCUCGAAAUUCGCGAUCAAAUAACUUGGCAACAGUUGAAGAAGAGCAGCAACCUAAACGAGCACUAUCUCUAGAUCAUAACUCUACAAAAGUGAAUGAAACGGUAGUAGAUAUUGAAGACGAUCGAACACCGAUACCGAAGCGAGUAAUUAAUUCAGUAAGGCGUUCAGAAUCUAGUGAUGAUGAUGAACCAAUUGUAAGUUUGACAUCACCAGUAACGAAUGAUGAAUCUGGUUUCAUCGAUGUUGAUUAUAUUUGUGAAGACGAAGAAGAAUCUGAUGUUCAAAUUUGGAGAUUUUAA